GGGACUAUUAUUCACAUAAAAUAGGAGGAAGAAAAUAUUGGAUUAAUUAGCCUAUGUUUUCUUGUCUCUCUGCCUUGUUCAAGAUUUCUGUAAGUUGGGAAAGAGACAGUAGAUUUACUGCUUUCUGUAGAGCAUUAAGUAAAGAACAAGUUUAGUUAGCUAGUUUGAAGGUGUUGAAGUAAGAGCUAAGAGGGUUUGGGAGCUAUGGAUGUUCCUGUUGGGUUUUUCAAUACUCUUUGGAGAUUUAUCACCUUCCUCCCUUUCUUCUUUCUUCUCUUCCUCCUUGGUCUUCUCAAAGGGGCGAUCGUAUGUCCCAUUGCAGCAGGAAUCAUUGCCAUCGGAGAUUCAGCUAUUGUAAUUGGGCUAUGGCCUGCACAUUGCAUAUGGACUUACUACUGUGUUAUAAAAACAAAGAGGCUUGGAUGGGUUCUAAAGUUUAUCUUAGUGCUUUGUCUCCCGCCGCCUUUAUUCCUAUGGCCGAUCAUUGUGAUUGUCGCAAGCAUCCUUGGAGGAAUUGCUUAUGGAUUCUUUGCACCUUUAAUUGCAACUUUCGAGUUCAUAGGACGUAACACUACAGAGAAAAUGCUACAUUGUUUCAUUGAUGGUAUCAUUCCCACAAUUGAGGGGAGCUGCACAGUUGUACGAGAUUUCACAGAUUUUUGUUUUCACUCUUACUUUUCUUACAUGGAUGAACUGAUUGAAGAAAUACCUGCCGAUGAAAAUCCUAUUGACAUCAAGUUGUUAAAGCUCCCACAGUCCCUGCUCGUUAUGGUACUUGCCGUGCCAGUGGAUGUGCCCUUGAUUACGGCUAUUGCUCUCUGGAAAUCCCCAUAUAUGUUGUACAGAGGAUGGAAAAGACUAUUCGAAGACUUGGUAGGAAGAGAAGGGCCGUUCCUAGAGACGGUAUGUGUUCCAUUUGCAGGACUUGCUAUCAUCCUCUGGCCGCUUGCUGUAGUGGGAGCUUUUAUCGGUGCUUUUUUCUCCAGCUUCUUCCUUGGGCUCUAUAGUGGGGUUAUUGUUCAGCAGGAGGAUUCACUUCAGAUGGGACUGGCAUUUAUAAUAGCAGUGGUUUCAUUGUUUGAUGAAUAUACGAAUGACAUGCUUUAUCUCAGGGAAGGAUCCUGUUUUCCAAGGCCAAAAUAUCGUAGAAACAUAGGCCCUCCUAGUAGCAUUGAAAGGUUGAAGUCCAUUGACAAUGAUACUGUUGAGAAGAAUGAGAGGGAAGGUUUUCAAAGCACCAAACUUGUUUCUCAGCGAUCAAGAACGAUGAAGUGGGGUAUUCAACAGUAUACACUCGUACAGGUCUGGGAUUGGUUGUUCAAGUCCUGUGAAGUGAAUGGUAGGAUACUACUUCGUGAUGGUUUGCUAGAUGUCAAAGAUAUUGCGGAGUGCAUAGUGAAGGGAAAUUGUAAGAAGUUGGGGAUCAAAUUACCUACCUGGACCAUUCUGCAGUGUUUGCUUGCUUCUGCAAAGUCAGAAUCUCCUGGUUUGUUGAUUUCUGAUGACAUCCAGCUAACAGCGACUAAUUGGCCUAGGGAUAAGAUGUUUGAGUGGUUUGUUGGACCUUUAUUAAUCAUGAAGGAGCAAAUCAAGGGAAUGAAGUUAGAAUCAAAUGAAGAAAUCUGUCUUAGAAAGCUUGUAAUGGGCUACAAAAAUGAAAAAACUGAGGAUUGGAAUGACUCUGGUUUUCCAUCAUCUGAUACCGUGAGAAGAGCACAAUUGCAAUCAAUAAUUAGGAGACUGCAGGGUAUUGUUGCUUUCAUGUCACGAAUGCCAACAUUUAGGCGUCGUUUCAGGAAUUUAGUGAAGGUUCUGUAUUUGGAAGUUAUUCAAACUGGUCAGGAAGCAGAUCAGGAUGGAACAAAUGUAAAACCCAAGCGCAGGGUAAGACUUUUCCUUGGAAGAGGUCAUAAAAAGGAUAAGGGCACCACUGCUGAGACUAGCAGCCAGGACAAAACCGAUCAUACAGAGAUGGUAUGAAAUAUGAAACUACGAAAUGCUGGGGAUGCACUUGAGAAUUGCACUUGUUACUUAUUAAGUGAUUAUAGUCGGAAACUGAAAAAUAUAUUACUAUGGCAAAAGUAGAACAUUAGUUAAUUAUCUGUAUUAUAUGAUGUUCCACUUAUUCAUACAUAUGCUGCAAGCAACAUGCCUUGCUGCAAGUGCUGCUGUUCGCACAUGAAAAGCCGUAUUAUUGUAUUACUACGUAGGAACACUUCAGAUAAUUGGUAUUUCGAGUAUCUUUUCUGUAUUAUGAGUAAUAGUCAAUACCUAAUUAAAUUAUUAUAUAAUAACAGUUUUUUUAAAUUA